AUGAAGAUCGCUCUGCUGUGCCUCGUUGCGUGCCUGCUCGGAACGUCCGCGGCCGAGAAGGCCCGCUACGACAAUUACCGUCUGUACGCGGUGCAGAUCGUAACCGACCGGCAACUGGAGCUACUGCAAGCGAUCGAAGCCCAACCCGAUGGAUAUCGGUUCUGGAGUGAACCGGCCAGGGUCGGCACCGAAGUGUUGCUUGUGGUCCCCCCGCACCAGCGAGGACACUUUUCGGAGCUUCGCGCCAAGCAUGGACUUCGGGUGGACCUCCGGGUGGAAGAUCUGCAGCAAUUGUUCGACGCCGAAUCAAAGGCCGACCACCGGAAGGACACGUUCGGGUGGACGGCGUACUAUCGGACCGACGCUAUCUAUGCCUGGUUGGACGGUUUGGUGGCGACGUACCCGGGCAUCGUAACGCCGUUGAACGUGGGUAACUCCUACGAGGGCAGACCCAUCCGGGGGGUGAAAGUGUCGUACAAGUCGGGCAAUAAGGCGGUGUUUAUGGAGAGCCUGAUUCACGCCCGAGAGUGGGUCAGUGGGGCCACGGUGACCUGGGUCCUGAACGAGCUGCUCACCUCCCCCGAUGCCAGCGUGCGCCAGAUUGCCGAGAACUUCGAUUGGUACGUGUUCCCGGUGGCCAACCCGGAUGGGUACGAGUACACGCACACGACCGACCGCCAGUGGCGGAAGACGCGUUCGGAGGUCAGCUCGUUGUGCCGUGGAGCGGAUCCGAACCGGAACUGGGGAUACAACUUUAUGCAGGGUGGUGCCUCCAGUGUUCCUUGUUCCGACACUUUCGCCGGACCCAGCGCGUUCUCGGAGCCCGAAACUCGGCAACUGGCGGACUACAUCGCUACGCUGGACAACAUGAGCACCUACCUGGCGUUCCAUGCUUACUCGCAGCUCCUGCUCAUCCCCUACGGUCACACGACCGCCCGUCUGGACAACUACGUCGAAACGGUGGCGAUUGGCACGAAGGCGAUCAGUAAGUUGCAGGAGCGUUUCGGGACCAGCUAUAAAGUGGGCAACAUUGCGGAAGCGAUUUACGUUGCCUCCGGAGGUAGUAUCGAUUGGGUGAAGGGAGUCCUGCGGACGCCACUGGUCUACGCGUACGAGUUGCGCGAUCUCGGACGGUACGGGUUCGCUUUACCGCCGGACCAGAUUAUCCCCACGGCCCAGGAGACGCUCGAUUCGAUCGUGGUGAUUCUUGAGGAAGGCCGCAAUUAUGGCUAUCACUAAGGAC